UCCAAUUAAGACUGUGUUGUCAUUGUCUUUGGCUGUUGGCAAGUCUCAUUUGUCAAGCAGAUGGUUACUGCAUGUACAGAUGGAUGAGGUGCUACUCCAACACAAUGAAUCUGACCGACAUGGUUUAUGUCGGGUCUUACUUUUACAACAAAAUGGAGUUUCUGGUAUAUAACAGCACAGUGAGCGAGUAUGUUGGAUACUUCGAUGUGGGCAUGCAGUGGGCAAAACAGAAAAAUGAAAACGCCGCGCACAUGGAGUAUCAGAGAAACACUUCGUACAGACUGUGUAACAUCAACGCUCGUUUGCAUCGGGAGUAUCGCGCCAUUGUUGCUCAGCCCGAUGUGAAGCUGAGUCUGGUGAGGUCAUCAGAGAGGAACAAGCCUGCCAUGCUGAUGUGCAGUGCCUACAACUUCUACCCAAAGCUGAUCCGCGUGACCUGGUACAGGGAUGGCCGCAGGGCCACCAGCGAUGUCUCAGCCACGGAGGAGCUGGCGGAUGGGGACUGGUACUACCAGAUCCACUCCCACCUGGAGUUCACCCCCAAAGCUGGAGAGAAGAUCUCCUGUGUGGUGGAGCACGCCAGCCUCAAGGAGCCUCUGGAGGUUGUAUGGGAAUCCUCCAUGGCCUCGUCAGAGAGGACCAAGGUGGCGAUUGGGGCUGCAGGAUUGAUGCUGGGACUGCUGGUCUGUUCUGCUGGACUGCUCUACUACAGAAAGAAGACUCAAGAGUGGACUGCAGAGCACAUUGCAACAGCACCUUUAGCUACUGACAACCUGCCUUGUGAUCUUACUCGCCUUUAAAGGAAACAUACAAUAUGUUACACUUUAAAACCCUGUUUUCAGAUCAUUUUUGGUGACAAUGUAAUGAUACAAUGUAUUUUACAGUAGACACACAUGUAGGUCAACUAUAGAGUGUGCACCAGUGGUCACCAACCUUUUUAUGCCUGAGAUCUCCAACCUCUGCCUAGAUGGCAA